AUGCCAGCCCCCAGAAUUGCCAUAGCCGGUGCCGGACCUGGUGGUCUAACGUUAGCUCGUCUGCUCCAACACAACGGGAUCAGUUGCACAAUCUUCGAGCUAGACGCCAACCGAGAUGCUCGUUCACAAGGUGGCAUAAUCGACCUCCACGCUGAUAUGGGUCAACGCGCUCUUCGCGAAGCCGGUCUCAUGGAAGAAUUUCAGAAACACUCUUUGCCCGAUGCAGACUCCAUGAAGCUGGUAAAGGCUGAUGGUACUGUUGCUUGGGAUGAAAAUAAUAAUGACGACGAGAGUGAUUCAAUCCGUCAAGCUAGAGAUCGCCCAGAGAUUGAUCGUGCUAGACUUCGUGACAUUCUUCUGGACUCCGUCGAGGCAGACUCCAUUCGCUGGAACAGUAAGAUUGUUAGCGUCAAAACAAGCGAGAGUAAUCCCGCCCAAUUUGAUCUUCACUUUGCAAACCACGUUGAAGAGGGAUUUGAUCUUGUUAUUGGAGCUGAUGGCGCCUGGUCAAAGGUUCGGCCUCUUGUCUCGGUGCAGUUGCCUGAGUACUCCGGAAUUAGCAUGGUGGAAUUGACUGCUCGCAACGUUUCGGAAAACAAGCAAUGGCUAUCUGAUUAUGUCGGCAAAGGUAGCUUCUUCAUGUUUGAUGAAGGUCGGGGUAUAAUAUGCCAAAGGAAUGGAUAUGAUGGCAUUCGAGUCUACGCAGGGGUACGCAAGCCCGAGAAGUGGAUCAAGGAUUGCGGUAUCGACUGGGAAAAUCCCAUCGAGGCCCGCAAACAACUCACAGAGCAGUACUUUGGAGAUGUACAUGAAGACUUGAAGAGACUUCUAUCCGAAGCAACUGAUAGCCUUAUCGUUCGAUCAUUGUAUAUGCUUCCGGUUGGCUUCAAAUGGCAAAGCCGUUCUGGUGUCACACUUCUCGGAGAUGCAGCUCAUUUGAUGACACCAUUUGCGGGAGUUGGCGUCAAUGUUGCUUUGAAUGAUGCCAUGCUGCUUACGCAUGCUCUUCUCAAGCAGAAGGAUAAUUUUGAAGUUGAUCUGAAGGGUAGUUUGAAGCAGGCUAUUGAGGAAUAUGAGGAGCAAAUGUUCGAAAUUGCUAAAAAGAAUAUGGAGAAGACGUAUCAAGGUUUGAUACUCCAUUUCAGUGCGGGUGGCAUUGACCAUAGGGUGGAACAUCUACAGAAGAUGGCAAAACUUAUUGAAGAAGCAAAGAAGCAUGGAGGUGUAGCUUGA